AUGGCGUGGAUCGCCAUUGGUGUUGCUCUUAGCUCCCUAUUCGCGACAGUAAUUGCAGAGCCGCGUGAGGUGACGAUCGGGUCCGCCAUAAAGCUCGUACACGACCGCCUGAAGCACCGUUUGCACUCGCACGAGGUCAGCUAUGGCUCGGGAAGCGGUCAGCAGUCUGUGACCGGCUUCCAAGGCGGAGACGACGGCAACAGCUACUGGAUCGUGCGCUGCAUUAACAAGGUUGUGUGCGAGCCCGGUCAGACCCUGGGAGAUGGUGCGGUGUUCCGUCUGCAGCACAUGAGGACGAGAAGAUGGCUUCACUCCCACCUGCAUGCUUCCCCUCUCUCAAACAACUUCGAGGUCAGUGCGUAUGGAGAUGACAACCAGUCUGACACUGGCGAUCACUGGAGGCUGGAGAUUGAGGGACGUGGCUCUGUGUGGAUGCGCGACCAGAAGGUUCGCUUGCAGCAUGUGGACACAGGGGGGUUUCUGCACUCGCACAACAAGCAGUACGGUCGGCCCAUUGCUGGACAGUAUGAGAUUUGUGGUAUUCAGCGCAAGUCACCUGAAAACAUUUGGAAGGCCACAGAAGGAGUGUACUUUCCUGCAACUUCCGAAGACCUCCCAGACCCCCUCAGCGCCGCUGACGUGGACGCCGACAGACAUUGCGGCCCACGCUGGCGGGACGAUGACGCGGAUACUGCUGCAGCCUUCGAAAACAGAAGCGAGGAUGACGUGGCAGUUGCGGAUUUGCCGCCGCGACGAGACACGGCAUCCGCGGAGCCCGCACUGCCGCGUUGCGACAUCAUGCGGCUGCCGCCUGCGCUGCUCGCCCGCGUUAUGCGGCGAGUCGACUUCCGCGAUCGCAUCGCGGCAAGCAUGACCUGCUCAACGUGGCGCCUCCUCGCAUCUGCUGUUCCCCCAGAAGAUUCGUUCUUAGAACCAGAACCGGAGAUUAACUACGUCCCUGGAGGAAUUUCCGGCGGUCCUUCCGGCGGUUUGAGCCGCAGAAACAGCAUAGCAGCAGGGGGGCGCUUGUUUAGAACCAGUAGCGUUGCCUCCGCCGCCGCCGCCGGAUCUGGCGGCGGGUUAGCUCGAACAAGCAGCGUCGCCGCAGUAGCAGCGCGAGGCAUUCCAGCCUUCGUUAGAAGCACGAGCUUCUCUAGUAGAUCUGAUUCGGCUAGUAUCAGCGAUUCGUCAGGCAUUAUGAGCGGGGGCGCCGCCGCCGGCACGAACUCCGUUCCGUCCUUGCCCGAAUCUUGGACGGAUCUGCCUCCGGACGAGCAAGAAAUGGCGGCGUCCGCAGCCGCCGCCACAGAUGACGGCGAUAUCUCCUGGUGGCGAUCCGUAGACGGGCAAUCGUGGACCAAUCAGCGAGUAGUUGUCGUCACGCUACCGGCCGGGGCAGCUUCCGCGAAGGAGAGUCCUGCGGCGCCGCUUCCGCCGGCUUUUGCGGCGGGGUUGGCGCCGCGGCUAGCGGCGAGCGAAGCACGACUAAGCGGUCUUCACGCGAGCAGGAGCCUUGACGAUUUGGAUCCCCGCGCCGCCGCCGUAAAGUCAGCCGUUGCUUCAGCGUUCGCUCCUUCCGCCCAUUCCGCGCACGCUUCCGCAUCCCCCGCCUUCUCCGCGUUCCCCCAUUCCCGCUCGCCUUCCGCCUCCCCCGUUGCCUUCCGCCGCCAGCCUGGGGAUGUGUUCUUGCGCAAGGCGGCGGAGCUCGCGGGUCCCGCGGCUCGCCACGUGGCCGCCUCCGCGUGCUCGUUCGUGGGAGUCGCGAGCAUCGCUGUAUCUUGCGGAGCCGCGCUUCGAUCCCUGCAUCUGUCCCGCUUUAUCGGCGACGUUAACGCCGCGCUCCUUGCGAUCGCCGGCAAGUGCCGCCGUCUGCAGGAGCUCCACGUGGCGGUCUGCCCGCAACUCACGGCGAUCCACGCGCAGGCGCAGCAGGGGGAGGGGGAGGCCAGCGAGGGCGGCGCAGCAGGCGAUCGCAGCAGCAGCGGCGGCGGCAGCGGAUCAGCUUAUAUCGGGGGCAGCGGAUCUGGGCCUAGACGAACCCCUCGCGCUGGGAUGGGGGGGAUUGGGGGGAGCAGGGGAACUGGCGCGGGGGGAAGCGGCGGGCAUGGCGGAAGCGGGGAAAGCGGAAGCGGCGGAAGCGGGGGACCUGGUGGCGGAAGCGGGGGAGGUCCGGGGGGCGGAGCUGCAGCAGUGCGGAGCGGAUCGCUCUCCGCGCUAGUGAACGGGUGCAGGCAGCUGACGUGUCUGUCUCUGACUGGCUGCAGGGUGGGGCACGCGCAGGCGGAGGUGCUUAUAAGGGGGAUGAAGCAGCGGCUGUUGCGGCUCGAGGUGGCGAUGGGCGGAGGAUGGCGGGACGGGGGGAGCACUGUAGCCAUGUCCGCGCUCUUCUCGUCCGUUGCUGGUAACCUGCUGUCCCAACAUCGAGAGGCUGCUAGUGCGCACCACGCUCAAGGUGUCUGUCUGACGCUGCUUGCACCGCCCUCCUCCCUUUCCUUCCCCCUCACCCCCUCCCGCCCGUCCUCUUCCCCCCGUUCUCCCCUCCCAUUCCCGCCCUCCACAGCCUGCUGUCCCAACAUCGAGAGGCUGCUAGUGCGCACCACGCUCAAGGUGUCCGACGGUGCUCUCGCCUCUCUGCUCGCCUCUUGUCCGCGACUGACGCACCUCCACUUCGCAGGGGAGCGACUCACGCCCAAAGGCUACUCCGUCUGGUCGCGCCUGCUCUCCCUCUCCAUCCCCUCUGCGUACUUCUCUGACGGAGCAAUCGACGCUCUCCCGCGCCUCGCGCCCGGGCUAAAGCACGUGCGAAUGAAGCAUGUGGCAGGACUCACGGACGAUCUACUGGCUGAUGUGGGCCGGUUUUGCCCGGGAUUGGCGUCUCUGGACGUCUCCUUCUGUCCGGCUAUCACAUCCUGCGGCAUCUCAUCCCUCGUGCGAGCAUGCACACACCUCGAGUCCCUGUCCUGCCAAGUCACGGGGGGUGCAACCUCCUCAUUGUCCUCCUCCACCCUCUCUGCCGGCUCUUCCCUCGCCCCUGUGCCGAUGGACAUUCAAGCCCUUGCUACUCUCGUCGCCUGCUGCCCUAAACUCACAUCUCUCUCCUGUGAUCUUCCCAGAGUACCGCUUUCCACUCCUCUCCUCCCACUCCUCUCCUCCCUCUCCUCACUCUCUCACCUCUCCCCACCCCACAAACCCCCUCAACCCACGCCAUCUCUCCCCCAACCCACCACCUCCACACUCCCCGCCUUCCCUCUCUACACCUCCCUCCCCUCCUUCCUCCUCCUCACCUACCUCGGCCCAACCCUCCGCUCCCUCUCUCUCUUUGGCCACCCGUCCUGCGAUUUCCCCGACAUCAAUGCCAGCCUGGCAGUCUUAUCCUCCUCCUCCUGCUCGCGAUUGGAACACCUGGCAAUCCGCCACGUGGACAGUGUCAUGGAUUGGGCAGUCGAGGCGAUGUGCCAGGCUGGCAGUGCAGUUGCUGUGAACCUGAAAAAACUAUCUUUGGAUGGAGUUAACUUGACGGAUAGAGCGAUGGGAUUGGCUGCUGCGGCAAUGCAGCGGCUGCAGGAACUGGAGCUGUUGCCAGCGGUCAAUAUUGGCUUGUCUGAUGGAUCUGAUUUGGCGGACGGCGUGGAUCGGCUGGAUGUGGGGAACAGUGGUAUGGGCAUGGAGCCUCCUUGCCAGCUGUCAGAGUGUGCUGCCACGGCUGCGUUUGAAGCAACGCUGCCUCGGAAGCAGAUGGUGCUGGUGUUCCGUGAUAAGUGA